AGUAGAGCGACUUUGAAAAAGCUCUCUUACGGUACUUGAAUACAACAGUUCUAUGUUUUUUACGACCUAAUAAGCUACUCAGCUCAAUGAAAUUAGGUUUCCACAGCUAGCUCCUCCUGCUGUGAAGUAAAUAUGCUGUUUUAUUUUUGGUCUGAUUGCUUCGUCGUGAGUGCCCAUAGUCGACACCCGGACAAAAUCUAAUUUUAAUUGACUCGAGUCCAUUUUUUAAAGGCUGUGAUGAAGUAAAAUAAUAUAUCAAAUAUAUUUUCCUGACACCUCAAUUUAAGUACCUGCUUAUUAUCGUGGACGAUCUCACAAUACCGCUGUUAAAGUUUGUGUACUAGUGUGACAAAACUCCGAAUGAUGCUUUUUAAAAAACAGUUUCACAUGGCUGACUGACAUACGAUUUAGUAAUCUGUCUUCUUUUUGUACCAUAUUAUUCCUGGCCUAGAUCUCUUCUGAAGAAUGCUAAUGGAGAGGUUUUUAUUCGUAACCAUAUUUUAGCUUGCUCAUCACACUACAGUUAUUCGUGGAAUAUUCAUGUUCUUAUGUUGUUCAGACGGGAGAACGCGUCUUCUUGAUAAUUAAUUACGCAAUCAUAGGAUGUGAUUGAGGUUAAGUUAAUGUUUAUGUGUGAGAAAAACUUACCGUAUUAACUUUUUGUGGACAAAUAUGAUAGUUUAAUAGCUUCUCAAUUAUACCUAUCUCCAACUGAAAAUCACUGUACUUAGCUUACUCCUAUCGCUUUAAGAAGUGUUUUAAUUCAGAAACUCAAUAGUGAAAUAAAAACCACACAACAAUCAUCCGUUUCGGGUUUGUAAAACGAGCGAGAAAUCAGUUAAAAUAUUUCAUGAAUUCGGACUAAACCAAAUGAACCUAAACACACCUAAACACCAUAUUCACAUUCAUUAUUGCUCAUCCCAUAUAACAUGUAUAUAGCGUUAAAACAAGUGUUUCUAUUUAUUCAGUGUUUUUCCACUUUGAGAACUUUAUUUUGUCAGUCGUUUCACCAAGUUGUAUUUCUUCCUAGUACUGCUACUUUUAAGCAUCUGAGAACAUUUAUCCCAACUAGUUCUUGGCCAGACGUCAAUGACCAACAAAAAAUUCCAAUAAAGUCAUGAGUUCUAUUCGGGUCAUUCCUUUGGGCGCUGGGCAAGAUGUUGGUAGAAGUUGCAUUCUUGUCACUCUGGGUGGCAAAAAUAUCAUGUUCGAUUGCGGAAUGCACAUGGGCUAUAACGAUGAUAGAAAGUUUCCUGACUUCACUUACAUUACCGACAAAGGGGGUCUCAAUGAUUACCUGGAUUGUGUAAUUAUUAGUCAUUUCCAUCUCGAUCACUGUGGAGCUCUUCCCUAUAUGACUGAAGUAAUAGGCUACGAUGGUCCAAUCUAUAUGACUCAUCCUACCAAGGCAAUUUGCCCAAUACUUUUGGAAGAUUAUCGUAAAAUCAAUGUUGAGAGAAGAGGAGAUCAGAACUUUUUCACUUCUGAUAUGAUAUAUCGGUGUAUGACGAAAGUUAAGUGUGUGUAUAUACACCAAACAGUCAAAGUAGAUGAUGAACUCGAAAUACAGGCAUUUUACGCUGGUCACGUUCUGGGAGCAGCAAUGUUUCUGGUUCGUGUAGGAACAAAUUCUGUCCUGUACACCGGCGAUUACAACAUGACACCCGAUAGACAUCUUGGUGCAGCUUGGGUUUCUCGUUGCCGUCCAGAUCUUCUCAUUACGGAAAGCACUUACGCAACAACGAUACGAGAUUCAAAACGUACAAGAGAACGGGAAUUUUUAGAAAAGAUUCAUGCUCGUGUUGAAGCUGGGGGUAAAGUCUUAAUCCCUGUCUUUGCCUUAGGUCGAGCUCAAGAACUUUGUAUAUUGCUUGAAACAUAUUGGGAAAGAAUGAAUAUUUCCGUCCCAAUAUAUUUCUCCAUGGGAAUGGCUGAAAAAGCUAAUGAGUAUUACAAGUUAUUUAUCUCGUGGACAAAUCAAAAAAUCAAGGAGACAUUUGUAAAACGAAAUAUGUUUGACUUUAAACAUAUAAAGCCUCUUGGGCAAGGAACAGUCGAUAAUCCAGGACCAAUGGUAGUCUUUGCCACACCAGGUAUGCUUCACGCUGGACAAUCCUUGCAUAUAUUUCGUAAAUGGGCUUCAGAUGAAAGAAAUAUGGUUGUAAUUCCAGGAUAUUGUGUUGCUGGGACUGUGGGUUACAAGAUUUUAAAUGGAGUCAGGCGUCUUGAAUUUGAUAAACAGGUUUUAGAAGUUAAAAUGUCGGUUGAAUACUUAUCGUUCUCAGCUCAUGCAGAUGCUCGUGGUAUUAUGCAGUUGAUAUCUCAUUGUCAGCCUAAACAUGUGAUGCUGGUACACGGAGAAGCAAUUAAGAUGGAUUUUUUAAAAUCAAAAAUUGAACAAGAAUUUGGAUUACCCUGUUCGAAACCUGCUAAUGGAGAGAUUGUACAUGUAGAAACAGAACAACAAUUCAUUGUAGAAGCUUCAAGAGAAUUCCUUAAUCAGUCGUAUUAUUCGGAUGAUCCAAAUGAGCCACUGAUUAAACGUUCUCGAUCUAUUCAGGGUGGAAUUCAGAUUGAGCCUGAUGAAACCCCUAAACUACUCGAUCGUGCCUCAGUUUUGGCCUCUUUAAGCUUGAAAGAGCAUGUAAUGCGAUUUACUUCGACGUAUGCAUUUUCUUCUUCUUCGAAUCUCACCACGAUUUUAGAUAAAUUUAUCAAACUAUGUUCAAAAUUACCCAUCGAUCCACCAAAAUUAGUGCGUAACCAAAUUCUAUUCAACGAUUCAGUGGUUGUGUCAGUUUGUGAUCCUAUGUUGAAUGAAUUCGAUGAUGAAACUCGUGAAAGAUCAACAGCUCUACGUCGUACAGCUAACCUACAAUCAAAGGAAUUCGUAUGUCAUGUAACCUAUAAUUUACAGAAUGAAGUUUUAGGAGAGCAACUUAUCAAAAUGUUUAAAGAACAAAUUGUUAAUGUUUAAGAAGACCAUUAAGAAUAUUGUACAAAGUACUUCAUUAUUAUUGAAUAAUAAAUCAAAUGAAUUACAUCUUUAUCCAAUUAAAAAUAUAUAAACAUUAAAAGGGAACUAUGUUAAUUGUUUUAUAAAAUUUCAAAUAUACAUAAGAUUUAAUCAACAUCAAAUUAUAUCUUUUCAUAAUAUUGUGGUGUAUGCUACUUAUGCUAACAGAUAUAAGUAGUAGUCUUUAAAUAAUUCAUCGUUGAAGUAUAAGGGAAUACAAAUAUCUAUGAAUUUUACAUUAUUACAGUUUGAAAGUAUUUCAGAUUUCUUUCUGAAGACUGGAAAGGAUACUUUUUUUUUUACUUUGUUCAUUAUUUAUCUUUUCACAAGGACUAACCUUUUUGUUGUUGUGAAUAACAUUCUAUUUUGAUUAUUCAGGUUAAAAUAAUUCAGUUGAUUCAUUUUGUUUUUGUAAGCAAUGAUGGAUAGUGG